ACACAAACUCAAAAAAACAGAGACACUCACUCACACAACAAGAACAACCCUGUCCUGUUAGAGAGAGAAAGAGAAAGACUCACUUGCGCUAUAUCGAUUUGACGAUGAUGGGCAGCAACAGAGAGAGAGAAGAAGCCCUCACAUUCACAAUCCCUUCAUCUUCUUCCCAUUCUUCACCCAUCACUGUAUCCGACCAACUUGACAGCUACCUCACAGACCCAAGAAGCGCUUCUGGAAGCUUCCAGAACGACGGCCUUCUCUCCGCCGGCGACUCCUCCGUCGAUGCCGACUUCGGAUUCUCCCGCCCCGAUUUCCGCCAGAGCCCCCUCGUUGGCACCGUUGAGUUCUACGAACGCCAUGUUUUCCUCUGCUACAAAAACCCUCGCUUUUGGCCACCCCGCAUCGAAGCUGCAGAGUUUGAUCGCUUGCCCAGGUUGCUUUAUGCUGCUGUUGUUGCAAGGAAGACCCAUAUGAAGAAGGAGAACCGCUUGACGAUUUGUGAGGGGCAUGAUGGGACUGAGACAUCUAAUGGGGAUGUGUUGAUCUUUCCUGACAUGAUCAGAUAUAGGAGAUUAACGCAUUUUGAUGUUGAAACAUUUGUUGAAGAAGUUCUUGUGAAGGAUGGAGAAUGGCUUCCCGGAACCCCGGAGGCGUUAAAAGGUUCAUUUGUUUUUGUGUGUUCACAUGGAUCCCGGGAUCGCAGGUGCGGGGUUUGUGGACCUGUCUUGGUUAGUAGAUUCAGGGAAGAGAUUGAAUUACAUUGUCUUCAAGGUAAAGUAUUUGUUAGCCCGUGCUCACACAUUGGGGGACAUAAGUAUGCCGGAAAUGUCAUUAUAUUUAUAUCUGACAUGAAUGGAGAAGUCACUGGGCACUGGUAUGGAUAUGUUACCCCAGAUGAUGUACCGUUGUUGCUUCAACAGCAUAUCAUAAAAGGGGAGAUUGUAGACUCAUUAUGGAGGGGUCAGAUGGGUUUAUCAGAAAAUGAACAGAUUGAAAAGCAAGAACAGAGGCUUCUUCUGGAUGACAUAAAAAAUUUAGUAGCAAGCACUGAAGUGUGUAGAUCUCAAGAUAAUUUUGUUAGCUGCUGCAACACUGCAGUGUCUAGAUCUCAAGACAAUUUAGCGAGCUGCUGCCAAUCAAAUGGUGUGAGCUGCUGCCAAGAGAAUAGAAACUCUUCCUUCUCUCAGAAUCAUGUAUUAAAGAUAAAGGACCCUGAUAUUGUUGAGACGGAGGCAAAGCUCUUAGCUGAUAAUAAGAGCAGCGAGACUCUGAUUUCUCGGAUCAAUAGUGGCAAAGGGGCUUCACGCAAGUUUCAUUCCCUGACAACAUGGCUUGACGGCUGGGAGCAAGAAGAUACUUAUGCUGCUCUUGCUGUUGUAUGUGCUGCUGUGUCAGUCGCCAUUGCCUAUAACUGCUACAAACAAUUGAGAUAAGAGGCUGUGUGAUUUAGCGGUUCAGAUAACUUAAGCUUCACUAUAUCCAUAUAUUAGCCUCAUGUUUUCAGAUGCUAGUGUAGUUCUUUAGAUCAGUCCUUACUGGACAUGCAGGGAAUUGAGUGGGAGUUCAGUCUUUAGUCUGGAUGUGUGUUCUUUACUACUUGAAAAAUAUUAUUGGCCGAGGCCAGUUAGCUUAUUUUGUACAUAUAAGAAACCUUAGCCUCAGAAUAUUCAAAUUAAAUACUAACAGUUUGUUUAGGUAGAAUUGGAUUUUGUAACCUUUCUCAAUUAAAUGUAAAGUUUUGGUGUUUCUCAAUCUUGCU